AUGAAAGCGGGAAAUUUUUAUUCCAAUUUUGUAAUCCACGAACAAAGUAGGAAAAUUGACGUAGAGCCUUCGUCCUAUCUGGCUUGCUCAGAAGGUGUCUAUAGACAGCAGCAAUGUUCUGACGAUGGUCGAUUGCAUUUUAGCGCUACAUUGUUGGAUUGUAUAGACCCGGCAAUGUUCACUUUCCAUGCUCAAGGGACAUCAGGGUCCGGUAGAGUUGGUGAUGUUUGCACUUUCAACACCGACUGCCUUAGUGGAAUGUACUGUGCUGUAGGGCAAUGUCGAUGUUUGUCAACCUAUAUUGCUGUUGAUGCUUAUUGCUAUGAAAAGAUUCCACCGUCGGAAUCGGGCUGCUUCUAUGAUGUGCAGUGCUCUGCAGUAUGGCCGGAUGCUUAUUGUAAAAGUGGGCAAUGCCAAUGUCCUAGUGAAGAUAUGGUUGCCGUUAAGACAAGGUCAAGAUAAGU